UAUUUAUUUUAAAGAAAAAGAAUUGCAUAAUUUCAUGGAUAGAGAAGUCAUCGAAGCAUUGUGUCUUGUUUUAUGCAGACAAGUAGGAAUCUGAAUUUCUGUUGGUUCCAACGGUCAGUCAUCCUUUGGAACCAAAAGGAAUUCUUUGUAAAGUUUUUAUUUUCCGAAUAAUUAAUAAUAACGACGAUGAUGGUGGUGAUUUUUAUGUAUUAAUCUUGAAAAAAUUGCAUCUUUCGAUUUCAUCAAAAGGGUGUAUUGUUAAAUUGUUGAUAUUGAUUAGAAGAUUCGAUCCCAAUUAGUUGCAAUUGCUUGUUGUUUUGGUGAUUGAUUGACAAGUUUGGUUAACUGGAAACGUAAUGUGAUUUGGGGAGACUGAAAUUUUAUUGUGUGGGGCAAUGGCUGCCGGAGGGAUUUCAUCUCCGGGGGGAUUUAUGACAGUCUUGUCUUAUGCGGUAUGUGAAUGGUUUUUGAUGUUUAUGUUGUUUAUAGAUGCUGCAUUGGCGCAAUUCAUUGCUAAAUUUGCGAGUUACUAUGAGUUGCAAACACCGUGUAUGUUGUGUUCGAGGUUUAAUCAUAUACUUGGUGAUAAGAAAAGUGGAUGUUAUGGGAGUCAUCUUUGUAGAAACCAUAAAGAGGAUGUAUCAUUUCAAGUGUUUUGUCAUAUUCAUGGUAAUCUUGCUGAUGUUCGUGCUAUGUGUGAAGAAUGUCUUGUAUCGUUUGCUACUGAGAACAUACUUAUUAAAGAGUCAGAUAACUUGAUGAUUGAUAAAUUGGGGAAUAAGAGUUUUAUACCUACUUCUCCUGGCCCAUGGAACUGUUCUUGUUGUCAGAAGACGUGGAGGGCUCGAUCAAGUGCUCAAAGAUUGCUACAGCUAACUUCAGUUGGUUUUGGAGCUUCUAAGGCUAAUGUCAAACCUCCUCUACCACGCGCACCAGGUCGUAGCCGUUUCAGUCGACGUGAUAGCUUUAAGAAGAUCAGGGAUAAAAUUUCUGGGCCAGAGUCACCUAGGACAAGGGCUUCUGCCCUUGACCCUUUAUCACAUGUAGGAUAUACAGAGUUGAAGAUUACUUCAGAUUCUGAGUCAGAAAUCCAGAUGUCUGAUGAUGAGGAUGGAUGUUCAGCUACUCGUGGUAAAAAUGAUUCUAGAUCGGAAGAUAAUGUUCCACAUGACAAAGGUAUAACGCAGAAAUUAGAAACUGAUCAGCCUCGCCAAUCUUCUGAAUCCAAGCCUUAUCAUCUGGAUCAACCAAGACAGCUGACUGUCAACUCGGGCAAAACUGUGAGUUUUCAGGCAUCUGAUGAUUUUGUAGGGCAUGGCUUAGCAGAACUUGACUGGGAAAGUCUUUCUCCUAAGACCGGUGCUUCUGUAUUGCCAGAAUUUAUUUCAUCAUAUAAUGUUGCCCAUGCAUCCAACCCUUUAGAAGAUCAUCACAUGUCACGAGAGAGUUUAACGUCCAAUGUUUUUCUCCCUCGUAUCUCAGACCUCUCUGCGCUUUCGGAGCUCAUAUCAGUGACCAAGACACCUUCUUUAUCCACUAUUAAUAUCCAUCAGACAGAUUUGACGGAAGCCAAUGAUGAAGGAAGCAACUUAACUGAGAAGAAUAAUGCAAAAGCUCCAGUUCAUUUAGAUGAAGGUGCUCCACCUAUAUCAAACCAAAAAAAUCAAGCUGAUCUAUCUGUUGUGAGUAAUGGAGGGAUAAAAGUAUCAGAUAGGCUCGAAGAACCAAGUGCAAUUACUGAUUCUGCAAAUGCUGGAGAGGGUAUGAAGUCGAUUCCACAACUUUCUACUGCUGUGACGGAUAAAUCGAAAACUACAAGUCUUAGGAAUCAUGAUAGGCUUGGAGAACCAAGUGAAAUUAGUGAUUCUGUAAAUGCUGGAGAAGCUAUGAAGUCGCUUCCACAACUUUCUACUUCUGUGAUGGAUGAAUCACAAACUCCAAGUCUUCAGAAUCAUGAUAGGCUUGAAGAACCAAAAGCAACUAGUGAUUCUGCAAAUGCUGGAGAAGGUAUGAAGUCGCUUCCUCAACUUUCUACUUCUGUGACGGAUGAAUCACAAACUACAAGUCUUAGGAAUCAUGAUAGGCUUGGAGAAGCAAAAGCUAUUAGUGAUUCUGCAAAUGCUGGAGAAGGUAUGAAGUCGCUUCCACAGCUUUCUACUUCUGUGACGGAUGAAUCGCAAACUACAAGUCUUAGGAAUCAUGAUAAGCUUGGAGAAGAAAAAGCAAUUAGUGAUUCUGCAAAUGCUGGAGAAGGUAUGAAGUCGCUUCCACAACUUUCUACUUCUGUGACGGAUGAAUCGCAAACUACAAAUAUUAGGAAUCAUGAUAAGCUUGGAGAAGCAAAAGCAAUUAGUGAUUCUGCAAAUGCUGGAGAAGGUAUGAAGUCGCUUCCACAACUUUCUACUUCUGUGACGGAUGAAUCGCAAACUACAAGUCUUAGGAAUCAUGAUAAGCUUGGAGAAGCAAAGGCAAUUAGUGAUUCUGCAAAUGCUGGAGAAGGUAUGAAGUCGCUUACACAACGUUCUACUUCUGUGACGGAUGAAUCGCAAACUACAUGUCUUGGGAAUCAUGAUAAGCUUGGAGAAGCAAAAGUAAUUAGUGAUUCUGCAAAUGCUGGAGAAGGUAUGAAGUCGCUUCCACAACGCUCUACUUCUGUGACGGAUGAAUCGCAAACUACAAGUCUUAGGAAUCAUGAUAGGCUUGGAGAACCAAGUGCAAUUAGUGCUUCUGUAAAUGCUGGAGAAGGUAUGAAGUCACUUCCUCAACUUUCUGCUUCUGUGAUGGAUGAAUCGCAAACUGCAAGUCUGAGGAAUCAUGAUCAUGGUGAUGACCAGCAAAGAAGUGAUGCUUCUAGCUCUGACGGGGUACAUGUGGUUCAAACAUCUACCAUCAAGGGGAGAGAUGAUUCUGGUAAUGAAUCAGCAGAUGGAUUCAGCGUCAGUGAUAUUGAGGACGAGAGUAUUGUUGAUAGGUUGAAACGACAGAUUGAACAUGAUCAGAGAUACAUAAAUUCUCUAUACAAGGAACUGGAGGAAGAAAGGAGUGCAUCAGCCAUUGCCACUAAUCAGGCAAUGGCCAUGAUCACUAGGUUGCAAGAGGAGAAGGCGUCACUUCAUAUGGAGGCCUUGCAGUAUUUAAGAAUGAUGGAAGAGCAAGCCGAGUAUGAUAUGGAGGCACUAGAAAGGGCUAAUGAUCAACUUGCUGAAAGGGAGAAAGAGUUGCAAGAUAUGGAAGAAGAGUUAUUAGAAUAUAGAAAUAAUAUUCCAGAUGAGUUAUCAGCAGAAGAUCCACAAAAGGAAAACAAAAACCUGAAAGAAGAAAAUGUAAUAAAUGAGAAUCAUAGUAAAGAACAUGUCGAAAACAAGCUCAAUGGCAGUUCAGAUUCGAAAACUAUUAAAGUAUCCAAAAUCUGUGAUAAACCUAGACAGUUUAAUGAUUCAAUAUGUAACUUUGAGGAUGAAAAGCUAAGUAUUUCAAAACAUCUGGAGAACUUGGAGAAAAAACUUUCUCAAAUUUCUGGCAGAAAGGCCUCAGAUAAUGUUCCUUGUAACGGAUGUUCAGAAAGGAUAAAGAAAGAUGUUGAUAAUCAAGUUAAGAAACAAAGUAAUGAUGCGGGAAGUAUUUAUUCCCAACAGGAGGAGGAGAUUUCUUCAUCAACGCGCAAUGAUUUUUCUAAAUCAAAUGGCGGUCCCAUUGACAAGCCUGCUGCUUUAGACGUGGAAAAUGCUUUUGUUAGUGAAAAGAAAAACCAUGUAGACAAUAAUAAUAGUAAGCUUUCCUCUCUUGGAGGUGAAGUUGAUGGGGCUUCUAUAGGAAAUGAAAUAUCAGAGCUUAGUGGGAGGUUACAAGCACUUGAGGAUGACUAUAAAUUCCUCAUGCAUGCCUUUAACUCGCUCCAGAAUGGACAUGAAGGGAUACAGCUUAUUCAGGAAAUAACUCAUCAGCUGCAAGAGAUACGGAAAGUUGAGUUUGACAAGAGAUGACUAUCUCUAAACUUUGAAAUGACAAGAUGUUCCGGCUGAGACUUUCAAAGAGAUGCAUUCCAGAACAGAAGCUGUAGCGAGAAGCCCAGCUGCAUCAUUAUUUACAGCUUAUAGUUGGAAAGGAGAAGCUCAUGACGCCAAAGAAAUAGUUUUGAUGAUCGACAAUUGGUCUGAAGUACUGCUUUUCAGGUCUUCUUGUCCCCUUAAAUUGGUUCUGUUGAAAAGCUACAGAUCAUCCUUUUGUUUUUGUUUCGUUUUCCUGGUUUUGGGUCCUUUUUUCACAAUUUUGUUAGUCGUUAAUGUGAUCGUGUGGUGCGAGAUUUUGGUGUAAUGUGUGUAUAUCUUUUUCAAGGUUGGGCUUUGUUUGCCAGGUUUCACAACUGUAAAUGCAGAUAGGUUCUUCAAAGGACUUCAAAAUUUGCUUCUACUGCUGACUGCCUUUCUGUUGCUUCUUUCCUUUGCUUUUGCCUCUUUUAGCCUAUGCUGUUCAUUGAGACUCUUCAAAAAUAUCAACGACUGCGUGUCGGAUUCUCCGAAAGGAGUGUAUUUUUGGAGAAUCCAACACAAGUGAGACAUUGAAAGUGAAGAGUCUGUACAACUUAGCUGUUAGCCAAGGUUUAAUAUUAUGAUUCUCCAUAAUACAACUAGGGUGGGAGGAAUAUAAUCUUACACUUACGGAAAAUAUUGGCGUUAUUGUAUCAAUUUUAGCUAAAGAAACUGUUGUAUACUAGGCCAAUGUGAUACAUUCUGGCUACUAGCUGGUGAAAAACUUGACUAUUCAUCAGUCUAA